AUGGGAAAUUACUCAUGUACCCUUUACAAAAGAUUGGUUUACAAAGACAAAGUUAUAAGAGUUAUGAAGAUAGAUGGGAAAGUGUUAAGUUUCACAAAGCCAAUUCUAGUACAAGAUGUUCUUGUGAGAAUUAAUUAUGGUGUAACUAAUAAUAUUAGUUUAUCUAAAGAGAUUUUAUCAUCAAAGAAGCUUCCACUUGAUUAUGAGCUUAAAUUAGGUAAAGUUUAUUAUGUUAUUCCUUUCUCUUCUUCUAAAUCUAAUAAUGAAAAAAACCCUUGUGGGAUUUCUUCUUCUAUAGAAGGUAAUAAUAAUUUAGGAGGUGUUAAGAGAAUUAAGAUUGUUAUAACUAAACAACAAUUGAAAGAGUUGUUAAAUAAGAAGAUAUCAAUGGAUGAUGUGGUAAUUUCUAGUUUGGAGAAUGACAAGUCUAAUUUCAAUGGUAAUUGGAAACCAAAGCUUGAAUCAAUCCCUGAAGAGUGA